AUGAUUUUAACAUUGCCGUGCCCUAAAGCUUUUGACUUUAUUAAUCCGAAAGUAAUGAAACCGUUACCAGGAUUUUCAGCUUUGGUAAGAAGGACAAAAAAGCUGAAUGCAGACGUUUCUGAGGAGCAGCGGCUGAACAUUCUGAGGGCUCAAUCUGGUAGUGAGAAGACGCGAAAAAGACCACAAUCGAACCAUAUAGUGAAUCGAAGUCUAGCAAAGAAAGAGACAUUCGUGGAGUCAUCGAAGAUACUAGCAAUGGAUUCUAGAAUUCCAAGGAAAGACUCAAAAGUUUCACCUGUUUACUCUAGAAGUCCUGUUGGUAGCGUAAAUAGUGCGACAAUAACCAACAAUCUAAUGCAACCAGGAAGCACUAUUGAUAUAAGCUAUAAAUUUGAUGAUGGCUCUGAAUCUAUAUUUACUCACGACAGCGUACUUGUGGAAGAUAUUCCACAAGGUAAUGAUGCAGAAGUUAGCAAGAAAUCUGUUAGGUUCUUUUAG